AAUCAUGGCGACGGACGCCUGUAACGAAACCAUCUUACAAACGUCUUUGGAGAUAGAAGGAAAGGCCAGUGUUGUUACAUUAACGAAAACUCACCUCAGUUGGGAACCUUCAUCUACGGGUAAAACGUCCGAUCUCCUGACCACUGAGCCUUUGUUUAGAACUAACAGUCGUUCUGUCGAACUCCGAGAAAUUAUUGCUGUACAUGUGGAGAAGGCCCAGACCAGUGAAACACGAUGUGUCCACAGAGGCCGAAGUUCAGAAAUGUGUUGCAUGGAAAUGACGUCCAUGCAUCCAGAUGCUUUCUGCAUUCACCAUGUGACUCGUCAGCCCAAACAUAAGUGGAGGGACCGAAAGGUUGUCUUCCACUGCCCAGACACAGUUAUGUGCCAGAAGUGGAUAGACACAAUUAAUAACUUACUCAACUCAUCAGAAUUGAACAGACCCAAGCACCUUCUUGUUUUUGUGAACCCAUACGGUGGAAAAAGAAAAGGUCCCAAAAUAUAUAGAGAAAAAGUGGCACCAUUGUUUGAGUUGGCUGGAAUAACUACAGAUGUGAUAAUCACAGAACAUGCAAACCAUGCUAAAGACCAUAUACGUGACACCGAUCUCACCAAAGUUGAUGGUCUCAUAUGUGUGGGCGGUGAUGGGAUGUUUUCUGAGCUGUUAAAUGGCCUCCUGACCCAUACAGAGCAGGACUUGGGCAUUGCUCAAACCCCUGACCACAGGCCAGUCACACCCUCUGUCAGGAUCGGCAUCAUUCCUGCUGGUUCCACAGACACUGUUGUGUACAGUACCACAGGGACCAAUGAUCCUGUGACUUCAGCCCUUCAUAUUAUUACAGGUGACAGUAUAGGUAUUGAUGUGACAGGUGUGUUUCACAGGAACCAAUUUAUCACAUACAAUGUGUCUAUGUUGGCCUAUGGUUAUUACGGUGAUGUUUUGGUGGACAGUGAACAACACCGGUGGAUGGGACCCAAGAGAUAUGAUUGGUGUGGGUUUAAGAAAUUUAUGUCAAAUAAGUGGUAUGAGGGAGAGGUGACAUUUCGUGUGAGCCCCAACUCUGACAGUAAUCCAAGAGAUGGAACAAGAUGCUGGGCAGGGUGCAAAAUUUGUAAAGAGUCCAAAGAGAAUCUCAGUGAUACCUCACCAGCCAGUACUGAAGAUGGAGCUAAGGGUAAACAAGAGGAUACCGCUGGCUGGCAAACAGUGAAAGGUCGUUUUGUUGGCAUUAACUCAUUUGUGAUGAGCUGUAAAUGUGGGAAGAGCCCCGAAGGUGUCUCUCCAUGCUGCCACCUUGGUGAUGGAUGUGCUGACCUCACUAUUAUCAAUCACUGUUCAAGGGCUAACUACGGCCGACAUUUGUAUCGGUGCAUGGUGAAAAAAGCCGACCAGUUCGAUUUAUCAUUUAUUCAAGUGUAUCGUGUGCGGGAGUUUACAUUCCGCCCUUUGCCCGAGGGUGCUGACGAAAACAGUGAAACCGAGAAUCCUCCAGAAAAUGCUCAGCAAACGACGGACUUCACUCCACUAAGACAACAACAUCACAGCGUGUGGAAUUGUGAUGGGGAAUUAGUGCAAUAUCCAGACAUAACAGUCAAAAUUUAUUGUCAGUUGGUGAACAUAUUCGCUCGAGGAAUAGAAGAGCCAAUGGGGAAAGAAGCGAUUCAGUCAGGAUCCUCUGCUUGAAACCACAAGCAUUGACCGUGACAUAAAAAGUUCUUACUUGGGGAUUAGCGAAAGAAGAUUCCAUGAAGGCCAGUUUUGAUUUAAUUUAUUGGAAAAAACCUAUUUAAUACUUUGUUAAGUUAAAUCGUUCAAUAAGAACUUCUGUAGCUGUAAAUUACUCAUGAUAUUUACACUUCAAAUUUUGUUGUUAAAUUCCAAGCUGGCUUUGUGGAAUUGGACAUAGCAUAAUGCAUACACAUUUGCUGUUGUAAUGUAUGUGUAUUGUUUAUCAAUAUCUUGGCACAAAUUAAGUUCAUGUAUGCUUUGGGCACCUAUCCCAAGAAUGUAUUGCACUGUUAUGACAAAUUAUUUAUCAUUGUUACACACAGUGAAUGAAAAUGUACUCUUUGAAAGAAGUAAGGUUUAAUAAGUGCAUGGCAAAAUCAUAUUAUCACUCAAGGUUUCUCAGUACUAGUCAUAGCAUAUUGACAAUCAGCAUAAGAUCCAAUAUGAAUGUAGUAUAAGUAAAACAGUGUAGUUUUAUUGCUACUAUGGUUUUUUAUUUUGGUUUACAGCGGUCUUCAUACUAGUUGUCAAAAUACCUGUUUUGACAAUGACCGCCAGAGGGUUCAUUUCCUCUGUAGUCUUAGUGAUAUGACCUAAGUCUUAACCUUUCCAACCAUCACUGUGACAUUCUGAGAGAACUAUGAGGCGUAGAGAAAUAAUUUGCACACUUCUAGGAAGAUUACAUCUUGGGUGAAACAAACAAAUCAUUUUCGGCCUGAUUUUCAUAAUAAUGACAUAAAUUCUACAGAAAAAAGUGCUUUAGGUUUUGAUAAGGUUGAAGAUUUGCAUUUCAGAUUAUUACAUCUGGUGUUAAUGGUCAGCUGUGUUUAUCAGCCAAGUAAUGUCAUGACACAGACCACAUGGUAAGGGAUGUACUGAAAUCUGUUCUUAAAUCGAGCAAUUACAGUGUUGUGUAUGUAGCACUGAGUACUGAUGAAUAGCAACAAGAAUACGGGUCCUCAGUCAGGUCAGUCAUUUAGAUAUUUCAACACGGGAAACAAAAUAGCCAUUGUGAUAUGUUGAAAUAAGACAUACUUAUUAUAGUCUAUUUUUCUUAGCAAAUUCAGCUGUUUGUAAAAUUAGUCAUACUUGCUACCAAGAUUACCUUUAGUCAGUGACUGCACGUAAAAACACAAGCUCUACACAUUGAUAUGUUGAACAUCCAUAUUAUUACAAAGAAAGUGCAGCUAGAAUACUUUUUCUAAUUCAUAAUGUUAAGCUUAGUUUCGACACCAAGAACUCAUUCCAUCAUGUGACAUCAUAAUUAUUCAAAAGCAAUUUGCAUGCUUGACAAAGAGAUAGCUGGUGUUGCCCUCCAUCAAAACGUGUUGAACUCAAUAUCCAGCAUGCCAAUGGUUUUUUAAUAAUUUUGACGUUACCGAGGCAAUGGGUUCUUGCCGUUGAAACUGAGCUCAUGGACUUAAACAUUAUGAAUUAGAAAAGGUGACCUAACUUCAUUUUCCUUGUAAGAAUUUGAACUUUCAACAUGCCCACGUGUAGAGCUUGUGUUGUUAGUUGUCAGUGACUAAAGGCAAUUUAGCUAGCAAGUAUGACUGAUUUUACAGACAUGAAUAUACAUGACUUGUGAAAAAAGUAGAACUAGAGUAAUAUUUCCUGUCAUAGGUAGCAACAUGCUUUUAUUUCAGGAUGACGUAAAUGUAGCAUUCAAAAUUGUAAGAUUAAAUUGUAGCAGAUUCAAAAAUAAGAAAAAAAAAAUAUCAGUGGACGGCCUUAGGAUAUUUGUCUUCCAGAAGUAAAAAUUUGAUUUAACAUACAUGUAUUCUUCAUUUCGGUAGUAGUACUGUGUCAGCAUAUAGUUGUCGUUAAAGACUUAAACAACUAGUGUAUGCUAUAACAUAUAAGAAUUUAUGUGUUCCCUCUGAAAUAUCGGCAGAAGUCGUCCUUGGCUCUUUGUUAUACUUUUUACUUCAAGAAGAUGUACAUGUUUGAAGUAAAAUAUUAUUAAGUGUACCGAUCAAAGUUCUGAGUUCUGUCAACUUAAAGAAAAAAAACUUCUUCAUGAAGCUUUCUUGAUGAUCAAUGCAUGGUGUACAUGUGUUUGCUCCUUGCAAAGAUUAAAUAUCUGUUUCUCAUAUGUUGUUAUUAUGUUAAAAUCGACUCUUUUAGUAUUUUUCAUGGUUUAAAUUGAAUAGCUAUUUACUUGUUUGAAGUUAAGUUGUAUAUUAUGAACGAAAUAUUUUAUGACUUACUUUUUAGAACUUUCACUUUAAUGUCCUUGAAGCAUAUUUUGGAAGACAUUAUAUUCUGUUGUUUUCUAUGAUCACUGUAAGCAUCUGUCUUUCCAGUUUUGAGGAUGUAUCUGUCCUCAUGCUUGUGAAUAUUUUUACCAUUAUUGUUUGUUUCAUGUAUCCAAGUUUGGAGAACUGAUUUGUAUUUGUGAAAGGUUCAACUCAUUCCAAGUACUUGAGGAUAAAUUGUGAAGUAUUAAAUUAUCUUUUUUUUUUUUUUUUUGAUAGGUGUAUGUAAUGGAUACAUGUGGAUAUAUAUAUAUAUAUAUUAUUUGUGUGUAUGUAAGUGUUAGACAUUAAUAAUUCAUGCACAGUAUAUGUAGCAACAUUACAAGGGCUUUCAGGAUCACCACCUUUGGUUCUCUAGAUUGGGAGGUGGUUUUUCAAUACUAUAUAAAAGUAUGAAUUUUCAGAAUAUCCAUUAAAGUUUUACAUAUAUUUCGCUAUUCUAGGUGCCAUUGUCUAAGGGAGUUUAACCACUUCAAGUUCUAAAUCAAAAUUUAGUUUAACUUAAUUGGGAUAUUUAGUCGUUAAAAUUUCACAGUAUCUAGUUGUCUUCCUGACUGCUAUACAUUACUCACUGCAGUGCCAUAUUCAAUGUACCAGUGAAGGCAAAAUAGAAACUUCUUUGACCUAAUUAAGAAUGAAAUGUGAAUCAGUACUUGAUCAAACGGAAUAAUUUCCUGGAUUAAAGCUGGUUUUGAUGGCUUUGUUGUAAAGCAAAGAUGAUAGAAAUAACUGAUAUUUUAAGAGAUUAUUAUUAAAUGAUAUUAAAACAAAGUUCAUAAAAACAGAGACAGUUAAAUAUUUUUAGUACCAUACACUAUAUAUGAAUGUUUAAAGUCCAUAAAAGUACAAGUACGUACAAAUUGUUGCAACGAAAAGAAAAAAGGGAGCAAAAAUUGAAAUUAGUGAAUAAAAGUCAAGUAUUUUAAUAAGACAUAUUAGAAACAUCAAGUGUUUAAGAAAAGUUGAUGAAUGUUAAACAUGGUGCUCAGUAAAGUGUAACUCGUUCAAUAAUUGCUUGAUGCAUGCUUGGAAGUAAAUCUACGUUUCAAAACAACAGCUUGCUUCAUGUGAUUGUGCUGGAACAACCCAAAUUUUGUGAACUAUCUCCCAUAUUAUACAGUGUAUUUUUUGCAGUACAUGUGUAGUACAUAGUGUGGCAUUAGUGUGAUGAUAAUAUAUAAGCUUUUGUUGAUAAAUUAAACUUAACAGUUUGUUCCAUUGUAUAAAUAUAGUUCUAUGAUACAUGUAUGUAAACUUUAUUGUUUGCAAACUGUAAAAUUCAGUCCUGGUGGUUGGCAAACACUGUUAAUAUUUGGUGUCACUUGUUUGGCAAACACUGUUUAUAUAUGGUGUCACUUGUUUGGCAAACACUGUUUACAUAUGGUGUCACUUGUUUGGCAAACACUGUUUACAUUAUAUGGUGUCACAUGUUUCACCAUGUAGGUAAGCACAGUUAAAUGAUGGACUAACCUUUCUUGCCAUUUGAAACAUUUGGGGAAAAGAGAAAGACCUUAGGUGCUUCCAUGCAUGAAAAUGAUUCCCUAAUCAUUUUUUUCCCUAAAACAGAUAGAUGUAUGUACUGGGAGCCAUUUGAUAAACAUCAUGUCUUUUUCUUAAUUUAUUUUGAGGGCUGUGCGUUUUUUUUUUGUUGUUUUUUGUGUAUUAACCAUAUCACUUGCUUCAUAGAUUUGCUAACCAAGUCACAAUCUGUGUAUUCAAACAGAUCAGGUUAACAAAUUUUGAUCUCAAUUUUGCCCUUUAAAACUUUUUGGGUGUGUGUUUUUUGAUUUUUUAAAAAUGAUAACCUAUAGCACUAUUUGGAAUUCUUGGUGCAUGGUUCUAAGAGAUAUGAUUACUGUAACUUACUGCAUGUGCUAAGUAUUUUUCCACUACAGCGAUGUUUUGAAUGAGUGUCCUGGAAACCUUUGCUGUACAACAGUGUUAUUUCAGAAUAUGUUUAUGUUUCAUUAUGUUAUGAGGAAUUGAUGUCUUUGCAGUACAAUGAUCGUAAACAUCUUUAUUAUAGAUGAUAUUGUGAAUUUUGUUCUGAACAUCCUUCCAGUUCAAGGGUUUUUUGGAAAGUCUUUCUUUUUCUGAGCAUCUGUUAAGAACUGUGACUUUACACAGAAUGAUUGCUCCAGUAAUCAUUCCAGUUGAUUGAAGAAUUAUUUGAUAUGAUUACCUGUGUAAUACUGUAAUACAGUAAUAUUGACAAGAAUAUCUGUACACAGAAGGCAUGUAGUGAAGCAUGGGUUGUUUUUGACAUCUUUCUAAUUGUCCAGUAGUAAAAAAUGUUAAUAUUAUGUCAAUGCAUUCAUUUCUCUACUCCUUAUUAAUGCAAGUGUAUUGGUUGGUAAGGAUGUGGAAAUGAUUCAUUCACUGAAGUAAUGGUUUGUUCAUGAUAUAUCCUGUAAUUGUUUACUGUAGGGCACACUUGAUGUUAAUGAAUAUCUUGUUUAUUAGCAUGAGCCAUCAUAAUGCAUUAUUGCUGUAGUGGUUUAGUUGAUGCUCAAAAUCGUUUGUAAUAAAGGUCC